UGAUAAAGUUUAUUAGUUUUUCAAGAUCAACAUAGCUCAACUGUUGAUAAAAAAAAGAUCAUUAUAAACAACACACUGGAAUCAUUGAGUUGAAUAUAUCCUACACUAAUACAAGAGUUUAUUCACUUCACGUUUUAUGGCUUGUCAUAUAUGUGCAGAAACUAAAUUAAUUGUUAAGCAAAAGAUAACAAAAGAAGUAUAUUAUCUAUUAUAAUAAUAUUUUCCAUUUCAAUUGUUUUGUUUUAUGAAAUUGAAGUGACUUGUAUCUUGUUGCUGAAACUUUCUUAUUUCCAAUACUUCACAUAUUAUCUUUCGAUUUCUAUUUAUUUAGAUCAAUUUUACUGGCUAAUGAUUAUUCAACACAUUUAUAUUAUUCGGAUGUUGAUCUAUUAUCUUCAUCAUCAGAUUUAAUAGAUUUAUUUGUUCGUAUUCAUUCAAAUAUGAAUCAAUCUGAUGAAUUUUAUGGUCUAGAUAAAUGUUUUCAAAAUCGUCCAAGUCUAUAUGGAGAAUUUAAUCAAUUAAAUAAUAAUUAUUAUGAUUCAUUAUUUUAUUAUGAUCAAGCAGCAUCAACAAUAGAUUCAUCAAAAUUAAUGCAAUCAUUACGUUUAUGUGGAUUUAAUCAUAUACUUGAACAAUAUUUACAUCAAAUUUCAUCAUUAUCCGAUCAAAUAUUUUAUCGUAUUCAAUUAACAUCAUUAUUAACUGGACAAAAUAAAUUAACACAAUGGAAAAUACAUAAAGAACAAUCAUCUAAUCAUAUUCGAGAAAAUAUUUUAUCAAUAAUACAACGACAAAUACGUAUUCCAUCAUCAUUAAUACCACAAUUAAUUGAUCAUAAUUUAUGGUCAAAUGUUUCUGAUUUACGUGAAUGUUCUUUGAUUAAUAUUAUUGAUGAUAUUACAAUGAAUUAUCAAAAUAUUGAAAUAUUAUCUAAAAUUUGGAUGAAUCAAUUUCAUAAUGAAAUAAGAGAAGAUAUGUUCGAUCAAAAUGAUGAAAUUUUAUUAACACGUGUAGCUAUAACACAUAAAUUAUUAUUACAUAAUAUUAAUGAAGAUAGAGAAAAUCGAAAUAUCAAACAAAUACUUUUAGCAGAUCUUGUUACACAAUUAUGUCAAAAUGCAUUGGAUUCAAAAAAGCUUCAAUUUGUACGAAGAUAG